AUGAUUCAAAUCAAAGACGGAGAAAUAUACUCUCUUCUCAUUCUUUAAAUUUUAAACAUAUUUAAAAGAUUCGAAAUUUUAAUUAUUAAUAAUAUAUUUAUGUGAUUAGCUAUUUAUAAUAACUCUAAAUCAAUGUACAUUAAAAAUAAUACAAUCACAUUUUUAAAGUUUACAGUUUUGUUAUUGACAAAUAAAAAUAUAUAGAAAACUUGAAAAUAGAUUUUUGACUAGUUUCCAAAAAUAAUGUUUCAAAACAGAGAAAAUUUUACUUAAAAUAAAUAAAUAACUAUACAGCUUUCUCAUAAACAAACAUUUAUUUAACCAACAAAAACGCCACCACAUAUAACAAAAAAAUCACAUAUAACAAGCAAGCCAACCAUACAAUCUCAAGUAUAAUAAGAAAUGUGAUAUUUCAACGAAACAUAAUAUGCCAUCGUUAAUAUUUUUUUCAAAACAAAUGACACAUUAAAAUUAUAAUGCAACAAAUUUAGAAAAGAGUGACACGUUAUUGAGUUUUUUAUACAUCUUUGUAUGUAAUAAAUUAUCUAUCUUUUUACAAGGCUCCUUAAAUCUGGGGCAAUUUUGGAAUUCAAUAAAUAGUGAAAGGAUAUAUAUAAGGUCUCCAUGUCGUUAUCUUUUGUAAUCAAAACAAACAUUUAACCAACCGAAAAUCAAAAUCCGAAGCUAAAAACAGAUACAUGAUCAGAUAAUCAAACAAAAAAUAGAAGAUAUAUGAAAAUGGCGUCUUUACUCAGACAAGAAGAAGAAGAAGAACAUCACUGUUCUUUGUCAAGACUCUCCGUCUGUUGUAACUACGACGGCGAUGAUGCCGACGGAGAACCGUCUGAUUCCGACGUAAAGCUUGUCAGCGGAGGAGAGAAGAUGGAGCAGGAGCAGCUUGAGUUUUCAGAUUCCGACAACGGAUCAACGGGUUGUCUGUCGCUUCCGGCGACUCCUCCGAGACUGAGACGGCGGCAGGGAGGAACGGUGAGUUCGCCGGUCUCCGGCGAUAAAGCAUACGCGAGCGAGAACGAAGCGCGAAAGGAAAAACAUGGGAGUAAUAACAAUCAGAGGAGGAGGAGGAGGAGGAGACUGCGACCGGAGUAUCCGCCGUGGGUGGACAGCAUGCGGCGGAGCUACGUUGAUGAACAGAGCGGUUACGGCGGAGGAGUGGUGGUGGUGACGAGGCCUAUAGGAGGAGGAAGGCCACUGUGUAUGGAUUUAGGGGAAGUCAAAGCUUGUCAGGAUUUAGGAUUUGAGAUUGAACCGGGUCAGGUCUCGUAUACCGGGUCAACGAUGGAUACUAGUAGUGGCGGCAACUCUCCUAUCUCCUCUAACCACCGUAUCUCCAGUCCCGGGGAUGAUCCAAAAGAAGUGAAAGCGAGGCUCAAGGCGUGGGCUCACGCUGUGGCUUUUGUGUCUACUACCCAUCAUCAUCAACCUCCUAAUUCUCUAUGAUCUUCAUACAAUUUUCUCUUUUUCAUCACAUUAUUCACACUUGCAUGCAUAAACUUUGUGUUUUACAGCUCUGUUUUUCUGUCUUUGUGUAUUUGACGAUGAGUUUUGGCAAUUGAUAUGGUCUCAUACGCCAAAAGAAUAGAGUAUACAAGUAUAACUACUAAAGUUUGUGGAUUGAUUUCUACAUAAUUAUUGUAAUAUCUCAACAAUGUAAAUUAAUAUGAAAUAAAAAAAAUUUUGGAGAAAGAAUAAAUAGGAAAUAUUAAGAUUUCUAAAAUUGAACUCAAUUGUAUAAUGCUUCAAGAAUCAGUUUUACUGCCAAAGCAGAAAUAUAAAUAACCUCUAACAUACUUUGUGCGUAUAUGAGAGGACUCAGAGGAGUUACGAAGAAACGGAUACUGGUUCUUGACUUCUUGAAGCAAUAGAUCACGGCAAUGAAAGGUAGCUCCAAGCUUGAUACAAUACAAGCCAAGAAAGCGCCGAACAGUUUAGGUGAAAGCAAUCCGCUUCAUCGGGAGGUAGUGGUAGUGUGAGACUGUGAGUCAAUGUUUCAACAUGGUUGCUCCUAACCACGGAAAUCAUUUCUGGUAACUGCGAAUUCCGCUUACACUGUUUUAUAAAUUAUAUAUACUAAAUUUGACGGCGCAUGCAAAGUUGUCUGAUACGUGGGGAUGCGACACCCAUAAACUCAUCUGCCAAGACAUGUAACUUCGGCUCGGUUAGCAAUUUAUUCAUAGUAUUGGGCCACAAAAAAUCAACACAAAAAGUGGUCAUAAAUUUAUCAGAAAUUGCUAUUUAUUUUUGACCACUGAUCCAAUUUGGCCCGAAGGGAGAGGCACUGUAAUGUAUAAUUUGGGAAAGCAUAAGGUCAUCCAACUUAAACGCAUAUCGACACUAAAAUUACUAAAAAACGAGAUCUGGGGCCCGAUGGAUGUACUGCAAGUUUUUGGCACGACUCUUGGACUGAUUUGGGGCCAUUGAUCUUGGCUUUGGGCGCUAGAGGUCCACGAGAUCUUCGGAUCAACUGUGAAGCUCCGGUUAUCAGAGCAGUGGUAGAUGGAAACUGGUUUCUUCCUUCAGCAAGAUCUGAAGAGGCAGUGACUUUGCAGAUUGUGCUCUCAACCAUGGCCCCACCUCACUCGGAUAGGGGUGAUGACAAGUAUCUUUGGCGUAAUGGAGCUGAUCAUUUCGUUCCAAAGUUUUCAUCUAAAGCAACAUGGCAUCGUAUCAGAGAGAGAGCUCCUGAGGUCCCUUGGUGGGAUCUGAUAUGGUUUAAAGAAGAGAUUCCAAGAUGUUCCUUUGUAGCUUGGAUGGCAGUACUCUCCAGACUACCUACAAAAGAUAGAUUGUCCUCGUGGGGCAUGAAUGUCUCUACGCUUUGCGUCAUGUGCUCUUCUGGACAGGAAUCCCAUCAGCACUUAUUCUUUUUGUGCCCAUAUGUCUCAGCUGUCUGGUCUCACUUCUCUGGAAGCGCUUGGCAAGCUGCUCCGUUGUCUAUGCUUGAUGUUGCUGAUAUCAUCGCUGUCUAUCCUCAGUUGCGAGUGGUGAUUAAAUUGUUGAUGCAGGUUAUUGUUUACUGCAUCUGGCGGGAGAGGAAUUCUCGCAUUUUCAAGCAGGUUGCCACUUCAGAAGCAGGGGUGAUCUCGCGUGUUGAUAGGCUGAUCAGGGAUCGGCUCCUCUCCAUCUCUCCUUCAGGACCACAGUCUCCGUCGCUGCUCCAGCUAUUCUUCUCCCUCACCUUUCGGCCUCCUUAGCUUUGUUAUAUUUCCUUCUUUGUUCUUGCUUUCCUCUUUUGUAAUAAGUGGAUCUCCACAACCUUAAAAAACAUAAAAGCCUGGUAUAAAUCUUAACAUUUACACACAAAAAAAAAAAAAAAAUUACUAAAAAACAGGACAUAUGUGAAAAAUCGGUUUGUUGUAUACUCGAAGACAUGGCAAACUUUCAGUUUCUAGACAGUGACACCAGUGUGUUUUGGUAGGAACACACAGGAAGAUUCUUUAUGUGCAAUCGAUGUGAAACGUUAUAAAUGGCAUUUCCUCAGAUAGUCGUAACUUGACUAACCUUAUAAUUAUGGUAUUCUAGAACUUCUUAAAAAUGUGACUAACCCAAUUUAUAUAUUUAGUGAUUUGUAUUAUAGUUGUUACAUUAUCAUCUACAUUUUAAUUCACAUGAUUUACAUUGUUGUAAAAUAAUAAAUUAGUUACUUUCCAAAUUCAGAUUCAAUAUUGUUGCAUAUUGAUUUAAUUUUCUGUUUCAUAAAGCAAACACUGUAGAAUUAACGGCUUUACAUUAACAGUAGAAACCAACAAUAAUUGAAUAUAUGCUAGCUAAGUUGUAAUAUGUAAGAAUUGAUUAUUUAAGCUUAUAUUCCCAAGUUCAAUGCAUCUUCCACUCAUAAAGUAACAUUAAAAAAUAUAAAGAAUUUAAUAAGAAAACAAAUAAGGCUCAAAACUAGAUAUUAUAAUCAUUGUUAUAGUAGAUAAAAAUGUAUAGCCGGUGUUUUGUUGUAGUGGCAUUCUUGUAUAAUUUUGAGUUCAAAUCCACAUAGUCAUAUUGCUGGCAAUAGAAAAGGGCAAAUUUGAAAAAACGGUAAAAAACAUUAAUGUUUUGGUUAGGCAAUGUAUUUUCCGGAUUAAAUUAGAACUAUAUGCUACUAUAGUUUUUUUUUUGAUCAAAUGCUACUAUAGUUUUGUUUUGUUUUUUUUUUUUGUUAAACGUUAGAUCCCAUAGUUAAUAGUUGGCAUCUACCUACAGGCCGUCAUCAUUUGUCUUAUAUAUACCUAUAUAUUAUAUGUAAACCAACUUCCUUUCAAUUAAGAAAUAUUUAGUCUUGAGAUCUUCAAAAGCAUCUGAGAGCUUUGACAACUAGACGAAGAGAAAAUGUCCAUUAGAGCUCAAGAUCAAACCCUUGAAGCCUUUUGCUCAUCUUUUCAAGAUCCUGAGAUCCAAAAUCACGACUAAACUUUUAGCUCUCCUGCUUUAUGCUCUAUUUCUCGAAAGCUUUGCUUCAGAUGAGAUCGGGUUUGUUUUUAUAGACCAUAUAAUAUACAUCUCUAUAUGCUUAUGUUUAGGUAAAACUCAUUCGUUGUUCUUUUAUCAGAAAUCAUCCAAUGAUAUUAAUAAAGAUUUUCUUCUUGAAGAUCAUUAGCACAAGUUAAAUAAACUUUGUUUGAGGAUCAUCAAUCUAAAACACAUCCAAUAUGUUUUCCCAACAUCACUUGGAUCUAGAAAUAUUAUUAUUUUGUUUGAUGAUGGCAAUAUAUCCAAUGAAAGUUUAGUGAAGUAUAAUAAUUUGUAGUGGGUAAAGAAUAUUGGCACUGUUGACAAAAAUUAAGAGAAUUUUGGAUUUUUAAUUAUAAUGUUAUAUUAGGAGAUUAAUGUAUCACUUCAAAAAUGUUAAACAGAUACAGCAUAAAUGUAUUACUUCAAAAAUGUUCAAAAACACAACAGAUAAAUCAUGAUCCAUGUAUAAUGAAAUUAUUAAUACUCAUACAAACUUUUAAAGUAACAAAAUACAACUUCGAUUUUACAAGAUUGCAGAAUAAACUUCUAUCUACUUAAAAAUCAUCAUUUUAACUUUCU